CUCCUCAGAAACAGAGAAGGGAUUCCGUCUUCUCUCCCCCACCCUCCCUCCUUUCCCCUCCCACCUCACCGUGCCCCCUGCCCCCUGCAGUUUUGCCGCGGUUAGGCCCCGUCCCGCAGCCGCCCUGCAGUGGUCGGUGGUCGGCGUCUUCUGGGAGGGGCGGCCUAGUGCUAAGUGACCAGGACGUGUAUUGUGGGCCGCGUAGUGGAAAUGUGGUUUUCUUUCCUGACGUUUUCUGGUUUAGGUUGUGACCUUGAGCUGUAGUGAGAGACAGAAAUACUUGGAAGGAAUGUCUCCCUCUCCCAAAGUGACUUUAGGAUCAUCAUCCAGUUCGUGUGUAAGCACAGCAGAUAACCUGAAUCUGAGAAUGGGCCCACUUCGUGUCUUUUUUGUUAGAGCAAAAUUCCACACGAACAUUUAUAGUAACUAAAAUACUUCCUUUAAUAUUGAACUUGGCUUAAUGAAUGAAAGUGUACUGUAACAAACAUGCAUAUCAGAGAAAGACAAAAUGCAGAAACAAUUAUGAUCGAAACUGAAACAAUUAGAAAGCAUGCGUGUUAGUGAAGGGCAGUAUUUUGCGUGACAGAUAACCCAUAUAAAUUAGUAUGGCACGAGGUGUUCACCAUGUAGACAGUUGGUGCACAGUAAUUUAUAUUAAGAUAGUAUAAUUUUUCCUGCAUUCCACUUUGACUAGCUUAUUUAAAUCUUAUUUAAAGCUUAAAAAAUUCACAGUGCAGUUCAUUUUCUUAAUUGAAAAUAGCUUAAAUUAACGUUGACUAGUUCGUGGUUUUUCCCUAUACUAUUUGAUAGGCUGUUAAAAACACUACCAUGCGAUGUAGGUCAAGUUAAUUACUUAAUUAGAGGUUUCGUAUGUUGGAAAGGCAAGUGCUCCCCCUGUUUUUCAGUGGCCCCAAAUAAUGUCAUCUGAAAUGUCACCAGAUUUUACUGAGACUUCUGGUGCCGAAAGAAAUCAAGACUUAACCCAGGAUCAUCAAGACGAGAGACAGAAACUAAGAGUCGGUGAAGGGAAUGAGCCAGUAUCUAAACGACAAAUGAAGAAGCUAAUGAAGCAGAAACAAUGGGAAGAACAGCGAGAGCUGCGCAAACAGAAGCGAAAGGAAAAACGUAAGAGAAAGAAAUUGGAGCGACAGUGUCAACUGGAGUCAAACUUGGAUGGAAAUGACAGGAAACGUGCUCGAAGAGAAGUUGUCCAAAGCACACUCCGCCUUAUCAUUGACUGUAGUUUCGAUGAGUUGAUGGUCUUAAAGGACAUUAAGAAACUUCAUAAGCAAAUUCAGCGGUGUUAUGCAGAAAACCGAAGAGCACUACAUCCUGUGCAGUUUUACUUGACAAGCCAUGGAGGUCAGUUGAAAAAGAACAUGGAUGACAAUGACAAAGGAUGGGUCAACUGGAAGGAUAUCCACAUCAAACCAGAGCACUAUAGUGAACUCAUUAAAAAAGAAGACCUGGUCUAUCUUACAUCAGAUUCUCCUAAUGUCCUGCAGGAAUUAGAUGAGUCAAAGGCCUAUGUGAUUGGAGGACUGGUAGAUCACAACCAUCACAAGGGAUUCACAUAUAAACAAGCAUCAGAUUACGGGAUUGAUCAUGCCCAGCUACCCCUUGGAAAUUUUGUGAAGAUGAAUAGUCGGAAAGUUCUGGCAGUUAAUCACGUAUUUGAGAUUAUUCUGGAAUACCUGCAUACAAGAGACUGGCAAGAAGCAUUUUUCACUAUCUUGCCCCAGCGGAAAGGAGCUGUUCCCACAGACAAAGCCUGUGACAGUUCUUCCCAGCACCAGCAGGUGGCCAGAACUGAAGGUGGAUCCGACAGUGAGGGUGACCACAGCAGGGAUGAGCCGGAUUCACUGCAUCCAAAGGAGGCGCACGAUGAAGAGAACCACUGAGUCCACAGUGAAUCUGCCACGUGGAUGCCACCUGGUUCCCUUUGAGCUUAGGGAUGCAUUAGGAGGAAGUGACAAACGAGGUGCUUCUCAGAAUGUCACAGAACACAAUGUUAUUCUCUCUUAUAUAUGUUGUGAAUUUAAAACUCUCUUGGACUAAAUAACAAAAACGCUUUAUACUUUCAGGAAUUUUUAAAGAAGAUUUAAACGUGUAUAUCUUUUUUGUUAAGAUUCGAAGAAGAGUUUUAGAAAAUUUUACUUUGUUACCUUCAUCAGGUAGAGUACCUUCAUUUUCUGGAAUAUGUUUUCCAGAAUGUGCCUUCUGAUCUUCAGUUUUACUCUUUUAUGUUCAGAUCAACACCUUUUGAUCUAUGGCCUGUUUAUUUGUGAGGGCAGAUGUACUGUGAGUACGCUAAAAUGUCUUAUAGAGGAAUUACCCUCUAUCUGCAGAUUUCAUUUUCAACUUAGGUACUGCAAAGAAAUACCAUAACACUGGGCAGAAAUGCAGUUUGCUGGACGCACCCCAUCUCCUCUGGGUUGUGGAGCCUGUCCUGUGUCUCCUUUGUAUUGUCUCUUGUGGAAAUCAUUGCACAAAAUUGAGAAUUUUUUAAUACACUCUUAAUUUCUAUAAUUGUAGUAAAUUACUCCAGUUAUACAUACAAGUGAAUGUUUGCUGGCUAGAUUAUUUUAUAAGGCUGUUACUUUUGAAGGAUCAAUUUAAUCUAUACUGAAUUUAAAAUAAAAUAGGUCUUUGUUAUGCCUUCUAUAUUUUUUAAAAAUAAAACAUUUGUUGGUGAAUAUUGUGCAGCUGCUUCAUCAUAUAGUAAUAAUCAAACUAAUGUAAAUGUUUCUGUUUCUGUAACAAAUAUAUGAGAGUGGACACAUUGUUGCAUUUACAUGUUUGUCCCUGUCAUUAUAUGGUUAUCGGUUAUUAGGUAGUGAAACCUAUCAGGACUUACUUGUUUUGUUUGUGUGAAUGCUUGUGUCAGACACUAAGAACAAUGUGAACCUCAUGAAGUGCAGACAUUCAUCACUGAACAUUUGCUUGGAAUUGUUGGCAGGGGAGGAUGUGUGGGAGGCCAGCAAAGGAGAAUUGAGGCCCACUUGGCCUCUUCUGUGGGCAACAAGGAGAAACAGGCUGGGAUAAUGGCAUGUUGUAGGUUCUCGGAAAAGUCAAUUCAGCUGAGAUUAAGUUGUUACCAGAGCAUGUACUAUUGGGUACUGCACCGCAGAUAAAUCUUGUAUUACUCAACUGCUUGUAUCUGUGUUUGAGUAAAUAAAGGCAGGAUGAGCCAGAUGCUCGAGGCUCCUCUGCCUACUAGAGUC